UUGCUCAAUUAAUAAAUCCUAAUGUGAACCUUACAAAAGGAUAUGAGUCUUGGAAUGCUUCCGUUAAUUCAGGAAGUUAUAAAUUGUACUUGAUGGACAAAACUUCUUAUAAUUACACAUUUUCAGACUUAUUUAAUGUUUCGAAUAAUGAUCCAAUUUGGGAAAUUUAUUACUUUCCCAAUACUUUUGCAGAUGUAAGUUUUGAUGUACCUAUAAAUGUUUCAAUGGGUUCAUAUCUUGCAAUUACCUGGAGUUAUAGAGAUUCUAAUGUGGACCUUACAAAAAAAAGUCUGCCUUGGGCUGUUACUGUCGAUGCAGGAA